UCGCGCAGAGCAGGUGUGGGACGUUCUCCGCGGGCACGAGCUACGGGGAGGAUUUCCGGACGCUUUCUGAUUGAUUUUGGGGCUUUUGACCCAAAGUUCGGCGGCGAAGUGCCUCCACCCUCCUCCUUCUCAUGGAUCUUCGUGGACAGAGCGUCCAGGCCGCCUCGACGGCUCCAGCAGGGCGCGACCCAGGACCCAGGACGGCGUCUGGAACCAGGCUAUGGCUCCGGGACCCCAGGACCCUUCAGUUAGUCUUCGUCGUCGCAGUUCUGCUGCCGGUCCAAGUUGACUGUCCCAGCCUCUGGCAGGAUCAAGCUCCCCAGCUGGCAGUGGCCGCACAGCAACAGAGGCACAGCCUCAAGGAGGAGUGUCCACCAGGAUCUCGUAGAUCAGAACAUACUGGAGCCUGUAUCAGGUGCACAGAGGGUGUGGAUUAUACCAAUGUCUCCAACAAUUUGCCUGCCUGCCUCCUAUGUACAGUUUGUAAAUCAGGUACAGAAUGUCUAAGUCCCUGCACCACGACCAGAGACAGGUGUCGGUGCAAGCCAGGAACUUUCCGGAAUGACAAUUCCACUGAGAUGUGCUGGAAGUGCCACAUAAGGUGCCCCAGAGGGAUGGUCAAGGUCAGGGAUUGUACAUUGCUGAGCGACAUCAAGUGCCUUGACGAAUCAGCUGCCAGUUCCACUGGGAAAACCCCAGCUGCGGAGGAGACAGUGACCACCAGCCCGGGGACUCCUGCCUCUGUGUCUUACAUCCUACAGAUUGUCACAGGGGUCAUAUUGUUUGUGGCUGUGGUUGUGUUUGUUUACAUGAUUUUAUUUUGGAAGAAACUCACUUCUUUCCCGAAACUCAUCUGCUCAGGUGGUGGAGGGAACCCCGAAUGUGUUCAGAGUAAGUUGGUUUCUCCAGAAACUGGGGGAUCAGGGGUUCAGGAACAGCUUCCCAUCCACUGCAGAGCCCGGGUGGGCACAAUUCCUUGUCCUCAUGUUGGCUCUGACUCUCUGACAUGGCCUGGGGGGUUCUGGGCUGACUGUGGGGGACACAUGGUCAUUCUGAGAACCACAAAGACCUAUGGGCCAUGCUGCAGCCCUGUCCUUCCUGUCUUUUCCUGGUGUUUAUGUCCCUCAUGAGGUCCUGGGGCUGAGGACAAUGCCCACAACGAGACCCUGAGUUAUAGAGACUCACAGCCCACCCACGUCCCUGAGCCGGAAAUCAAAGAUCAGGAGCUUACAGAGCCAAUGGGUGUGACUGUACAGUCACCAGAGGAGCCACAGCAUCUGCUGGGACAGUCAGAAGCCGAAGGGUGUCAGAGGAGGAGGCUGCAGGUUCUAGUGAAUGACGCUGACCCCACUGAGAUCAACACCUUGCUGGAUGCCUCGGUGACACUGGAAGAAGGACACGUGAGGGAAACAAUUCAGGACCAACUGGUGGGCGCCGAAAAGCCUCUCUAUGAAGAAGGUGAUGCAGGCCCUCUACGUCCUGCCUGUGAAACAAUCUCUUCAGGAAACUACAGCUUCUCUGGUUUACCUUUUCUCUUACAAAGGGAGGAAGCCUGGAAGAGACAGUCCAGUGCUUGACCCACGCCUCAGCAAACUCUACUGUCCAGUAUGGUGCAGCUUACCUGAGGUCUUACCACUUUGUCAAUGCACUUGGAGUAAUUUUUAUAAAAUAUUGUGUGUGAUAAGCAAA